AUGCAGCGCAUGUGGGAUUUGGGCUUUUCGCCUGGCGAAUAUCUUGGUGGAAUCUACCCGCAGUAUGUGAGAGACUUCAAAGAGUUCUUUGUCGACUGUCAUAUGUGGAAUAAGUACAUCCACGUUGACGAGUCGGCACGCACUGCUGAGCGCACCAAGCUGCGUCUGGCGCAAGCCGAAGGCGAAGUCCAACAUCUUAGGCGCAGAUACGAGAAGCUGCACAAGGAAGCCUGCGAGCUCAAGCAAGCCUUGGAUGAGCGAAAUGCGAUCGUGAUCGCAUACAACGACGUGAUAAUCGGCCUGAAGGAGGAGGUAGAGCAAGCCCAGCUUGUCAGGGAAGUCACGAAGCAGACGGCGGCGAGCAGAGUUGCGGCUUUGGAAGCUGAGCUGAGGCAGGUCAAAAAGGAAAGUGCCGCCCAGCUAGAGGAGGAAAGAGCCCAUCAGCAAGCUUUGGCAGUUGAACUGAAGAAGUUCAAAGACGAAGGUGCUGCGGAAAAAUCGAGACACUCUAACGGGAUCACUAAACUCGAGGAGGAGAACGAUUCAUUGGAAGAGCAGCUAAAAAAGCAACACGAACUUCUCGACAAGAAAGUCAAAGAGCAGAGGCAGGUCACGGCCUCGAUGCUCAAAUUCGCAUCAAUCGACGACACCCUCGUCAAAGUCGAGGCCCAAACUCAAAGCACGCGAGUGCGCAACACCAAGUUCAAGGGGAAGGAAGAGGAGAUCCAAAACAAGGGCAAGCCAAAACCGCUGCCGCCAAAAAAACUUCCGGACCCGAAAGAUGAUAUAUUUCGAGCUCGAGCUUGA